UUAUCCAUCUAAUUUGGUGUGCCUUUUCUCGUUUAUGUUUAAUUCAAUUUAUUUUUUAUUUAUUUUUUUGUUACAAAGAAGAGGAUAGGAGGAGAAUGAUCCUACUGCUAAUCGAGCCACAGGCUUAUCGGCAUGUUGAAUUAAAAUUACCGUAAUCGAGUUCUAAAAAACUACAAGAGUAGCUAAAUCAUGAAAGGUUGCCAAUAAAUUCCCAUCCGGAGACCGAGAUCGGUAGGUGUCUAUCACAUGCAAGAUCCUUAUCAAACACCAGCAAGGACAGCUAGCUAGCUUCUUAUCACACGUAGCACAACUCCUUGACUGCAUCAUCGACAUGGAAAAGGCAAAUGGACGAGAGGAAAAACAAUUCUCGACGAUGUCUCUAAAUGGUGGUGUUUCCCAGGAAGAAAGAAAUAGAAAUCAUUGACCCCAAGUGGGCACUGGCGAUGUAAUGUUUGACUUUUGGUGGCAUGAUUUCAAUGCUCAUUUAUGGAGGAGCCUUCCCCUUACUCUCCAUCCCAAGUCGGUCUCACUUCUCGAUACACCGCCUCAAUUAUAUAAGGUGCAAAAUCCAGGUCUAUUUCAGCCUCCACCAGGGCAGAAUCCACACCGCCGGAAACAUCCUCACACAUUCCUGCGGGAUCAUCGCCUGUGAGCUUGGGGAGUCAAGCAUCAAUGAUGAAGGGUACUCAUGCUCUGGGUCAGAAAGUGAAGAAGAGUGUUUGAUUAGACGGUCCAUGGCUGAUCAUACAGACUAUAUCUACACACAAGAUAUAAGUGGACCAUGACCCUUUUCCCCCCUCUCUUUUUUACCAGUGGUAUUUCUGUACUAAUUAGUUUUAUUUUAUCAUUCAAUGGUUAGAGCAUGAACACUCAGUUUUUAUAUCGAUCAGAUUUCAUCGUUACAGAUUCUCUUCUUGUGAUACGCCUUCCACUGUUCUACAAUAAAAUGGCAUUAGUAUAAUGAUUUAUGCA